GGCGGGGGGCGGGGCCUGGCGGGGGGUGGGAGCGGCGCGUGCGCGGAGCGGCGGGAAGAUGGUGCUGAUCAAGGAGUUCCGAGUGGUUUUACCUUGCUCAGUGCAAGAGUAUCAAGUUGGUCAACUUUACUCUGUGGCAGAAGCUAGCAAAAACGAAACAGGAGGUGGGGAAGGAAUUCAGGUCUUAAAAAACGAGCCUUAUGAACAGGAUGGCGAGAAGGGGCAAUAUACUCACAAAAUCUAUCAUUUAAAGAGUAAAGUCCCUGGGUUUGUAAGGAUGAUUGCUCCAGAAGGCUCCCUGGUGUUCCACGAGAAGGCCUGGAAUGCAUAUCCCUACUGUAGAACAAUUGUGACAAAUGAAUACAUGAAAGAUGACUUCUUCAUAAAAAUUGAGACCUGGCAUAAACCAGAUUUGGGAACAACAGAGAACGUUCACAAUUUAGAUCCAAACACAUGGAAGAGUGUUGAGGUUGUCCAUAUUGACAUUGCAGAUAGAACUCAAGUAGAACCAGGAGACUACAAAGCUGAGGAAGAUCCUGCAUUAUUCCAGUCAGUUAAGACAAAGAGAGGACCUCUGGGGCCAAACUGGAAGAAGGAGUUAGCAACUGAUGAGGAGUGUCCCAAAAUGUGUGCUUACAAAUUGGUGACCAUCAAAUUUAAGUGGUGGGGACUGCAGAACAAAGUGGAAAAUUUUAUACAAAAGCAAGAAAAAAGGAUAUUUACCAACUUCCACCGCCAGCUGUUCUGUUGGAUUGACAAGUGGAUUGAACUGACUAUGGAGGACAUCAGGAGGAUGGAGGAUGAAACCCAGAAGGAGCUGGAAGCGAUGCGUAAGAAGGGUUCCGUUCGAGGCACUUUGGCUGCGGACGUCUAGAGGAGUUCUCUGUAGGUUCUGAGGCAAAGCGAGCUGUCUGCGUAACCAAGGCCAAGUGAGAGGAACGAGUGCUGCCAAUGACGAGUGACGCCGGACGGACGCCGGUGCCGAUCUUGGCUGUGUGUGUGGGUGCAUGACUCUGUAUAUAACUACACACACACAUGCAGACAGAAGGGGUGGUUACAGUGUCUCCGGGUGCUAUACCUGUCCUAGCAAAGAUUCCAAGGAAACUGCUUUCAUUAUGUAUACCCCAAGCAAAUAAAAAAAAAUCAACUGAGUAGUGUCAUUUAAAGGAUGAAUUUUGCUAACUGGUAUGUUCAUGAAUGUCAAUACUGGACCAAUUUCUGCCCUAUUUGUUUUCUCUCCUGUCCAAGUCACUCUGCUCUAACUCGCCCAUCUCUCGUUGUAAAGGAACACUCAAACAAGUUAAUUUCAGUUUUAUGUCUUCCCUAUGUGAUGAGUUUUUGGAAUAGGAACAAUGAAUGUAUUUAUAGCUAUUUAUUUCUGGAUUGUCAUUAUCCUCUAGUCAAAUCGGAAAAAAAAAUUUCUAUUAGUGGAAAUUGGAAGACUUUUACUGUUGAAUAAGUUUAACCCAAACUACCCACUCACUGAUUUAAAAGAAAAAAAAUCAUGUUUUAUUGGACUUUUGUACAUUGAAAUGCUAACAGUUUUCUUCAUUAAAAUUGGCAAGACUAAGGAAAAAUGGCUUGUGAUUUAUAAAGUAAUUUGCAACUUGAAAUUUUGCAGAACCUGUUUUUUAGACAAGUACACUGACAGUACCUGUAGAGCAUUUUCCAGUGUAUCUUAGGCUGGGCAGUGAGGACAGGGUCAGCCCUUCCCUCCAGGAGUACCCCUGCCAGUGCAAUGGCUGUUUCCCAGGGCUUCCCUUUGGAAGCCAUGCAAGCAUUCUGGAUUUCACACACAGCAAUGGAAUAUAAGUGUGAUUUUAGCUGUUCCCAUGUUGGAAAUACACUUUGGGAGAUGUAGACUUUCAGAUAUGAUGACAGUUUCAGUUGUAGCCCCUGACAAGUUUCUCUGCUGUCUGUGAGAGGGUGAUGUGUGAGUGCCCCUGGGAUAACAGAUGCCUCCUGUAGGAAACUCCAUAAGGAAAAGAUCUUCAGCAUGUUUGAGGAGCCAUUCAGAGCACAUAACAGGAGGACAUUAACCUAAUGCUUGUUAGAUCAAAGAAAAAGUAUUUUUAAAAGCACUAGUUAGAUAAAGAUCUAUUAAUGCCUGGUUUCUUCCCAGCACUUUUGGCAGGGCAAGCCGUGCCUGACUUCCCAGAGGGAUCUGAUUUCUAUGACCAUCAGUGACAGAACAUUCCUGCACUGGCACCUUGUCCUGGUGCUGUGCACACUGGCACUGCCACAGCUGCCCAGUGCCUCAGCUGUGUGCUGCAGCAGCCACCCUCCAGCCCCACAGUAAUGUGUUUGGUUUCCUUUCUGGGUUAGUUCAGUGCUUGGUUGUCCUGUCCCACCAGGAGGUUGGGUUGGUGAAUGCAGAGAUGUGGCACACACACACACACACACACAGAGGACAUUAAGUACCCCUGGAACCCAAGGGCUCAGGUCUCGGUGCUGGAAUUUGUGUCCUGCCAUUUUUAAUGUGUUGCAACACAGAGGGAAAAGGGCCCUGUGACUUCCAUGGAUUUGGACUAGUUGUGAAAAUUUGAGAGAAUCUUGUAGUGAAUGUACAAUGUUUCCUUUCCUUUGGCAGUCUCUGGUGCAACUGACAAGUAAAGCAGGCGAUGAAAUUUAAUUAAAUAAAUUUGAUCAUAAAAA